AUGGGCAUACCUGUUGAUGAAGCUGCGUUGUUAGCUUUAUUUUUCGAGGCCUUUUUUUAUGGCAUAUUUCUCACUUUGUACUUGGUAACGCUGUUCAUCCUACUCAAGAAAACCGGCAUUCAGCGGCAACUACUUCUCCCAGUAGCAAGCUUGUUACUCUGCAUUGCAACGGCCCAUCUGAUCGUCGAUUUUGUUCGAGCGUUAGAGGCAUUCAUAUUCAAGGUGGAUACGAGUGCAGACAUUUACUAUUCCAACCUUGCUUCGCCAUUGCUUGUUGCGUCAACGGCACUUUCCAACAUACAAACAAUUCUCGCCGAUGGUGUAGUUGUUUGGCGAUGUUAUGUGCUUAACAACAGGAGCCCCUUCAUUUCCAUUCCUGGUUGUAUCGUGCUCCUAGUUAAUGUGGCCACUGGAUACUAUGUUAGCUGGUCCCUUGCCCAUUCCCAGAGCAUUUUGAUGUCCAAUGGGGUCUAUGAAUGUAUUGUCAUAUUUGAUACAUUGACCCUGCUUCUCUGUGUCGCCAGUACCUUUUUGAAUGCUUGGCGCAUCUAUCGCACUCGCCGUUUCAUGCCAGAAGGCUUGGGCGCUUUUUUACCUGUUUUUGUCGUCAUCAUCGAAAGCGGCGCUCUUUAUGCCACGAAUAUCUUCAUGCUCCUCAUAACAUUCUUCAUCCAAUCCAAUGCCCUAUAUAUCAUGCUGGACAUUGUCGCUCCGAUUGUGGGGAUUACAUUCUGCCUCAUCAUCCUGCAAGUACACUUUAACGUAGGUGGCAACUCCCCCAACUGAACAGCCCACUGAAGAAAGGGACAACAUCACCAGCCUCUUUCGAGGGUGAGGUGUAUGGGACCCCGGCUCCAGCAUAAAACCCAUGGCUGUGCACAUCACAGAGGAGAUGGAGAUCGUUCAUUCUGAUAUGAAAGAACUUUCGGUUGUCUCAUAUAUGGGUCUGUUUCCUUUACAUCGCUGAUCAUGUUCAUUGUAUCUCUAUUAUAUCAACUCGCAUUCAGGUGGUGGCACUUGUAAUGUGAGUUUAGGCAAUUGGGGACCUCUAGCUUAAUGUUCAGAGCGUCCGCAAUCAAUUUUAUCACUCAACUAGAAAACCGACAAUUCGUCGUACAUGGAAGAGACUUUAAAGACGUAUUGUACAAAAAUACGGUUAUCUCAUGAAGGAAAAAUAUACAAGC